CUUUUGGGACAAGAGAGGAAUGAUAUCAUAGUUGCCUGUUUCUGUCUCUUCCUGUGGGAUUUUCCGCGAGCAAAAUCGGAAUCACAUGAACGUUUGUGGUCCGAUGAUGAUACAUAUGAUUUUUAUGUUUAUUUUAAUUCUUUUUAUUUUUAAAUUUUUUUUUUUUGCACCCCUCUUGUAUAUGUAGAUGAAGAUGGCUUGCGGCUGUUUCCUUAAAUCGCCGUGACGUACCGAUACCCUCUUAAUGUUGAAAAAGCUGAGAUUCAGCCGAGAUGACUAAGCUGGGUGCGGCUGAAUGCACGCAAUAAGUACCUUGAGCACCAUGACAGCUUUACUGGUAGAAACAGCUCAACCAAUAACUUGGAAAAGACGCAAGUUAAAAAAAAAAAAAGGCGCAUUGUAAAGUAAAACUGCAAUUUUGCACCACGUAUAACGCAGGUCUCGUGAUCAUACCAAUAUUCAAUAUCAGCUUUGUACUGCGCAGACAAUUGCAAGCACACGCCCGGCCCCAUUCCAUUCUCGGCUAUAGUGGCACUAACUUUGUUCAUAUCUCAUCACUUUCAACUCACUCAUAUAAAAUUUACAACUUAUAUACGCAACACAUUUAUAUACCGCCAUAUACAAACAAAUAUAUAUAAACAUUUUUUUUCUUUAUAAAAGAGCACAAAACAGCAAACAAUGUCCUCCACAAACCUAAUAAACUCGGCCAAACGCGCCGCCUCCUUCCAAGCCGUCGACGAGCACCUCCUCCCCUCGCACCGCUUCGUCGGCAUCGGCUCCGGCAGCACCGUCGUCUACGUCGUCGAGGCCAUUGCCGCAAAGGGCGCCUCCUUUUACGGCGACAUGACGUUUGUGCCCACGGGCAGCCAGUCAAAGGGCCUGCUCAAGGCGGCGGGCCUGCGGCUGUGCAACCUGGACGAGAGGCCGGCGGACGAGCACGGCGUGCCGGUUGCGCUGGACGUGGUGUUUGACGGCGCCGAUGAGGUGGACGAGGAGCUGAAUCUGAUCAAGGGAGGGGGCGGGUGCUUGUUCCAGGAGAAGCUGGUUGCUGUGGCUGGGAAGAAGUUUGUCGCUGUUGCCGACUCCCGCAAACAGUCCCCCCGCCUCUGCACAACCUGGAAAACCAUCCCCAUCGAGGUCCUGCCCCUCGCCGCGCCCUCGGUCCUCGCCCGCCUCCGCGCAAUGGGCUCCCCCAACCCGACGGUCCGCUCCGGCCUGCCCAGCAAGGCCGGCGAGUGCGUCACCGACAACGGCAUGUGGAUCAUUGACGCGCCCUUUGCGCCGCUGCUGCUGGCCCGGGACCUCAAGGCUGGCGUGGACGGCGCCGGCAAGGACGGCGUCUGGGAGGUGGGCCGGCUGGCCGAGGAGCUGGUCAAGUUGCCGGGCAUUGUCGAGAUUGGCCUGUUCACGGGCUUCAACGGCGUCGAGGCGGUGAGUCUGGGCAAGGAGUUUCAGGCGCAGAAGCCGAUUGCGGCUUAUUUUGGAACGCCGACGGGGGAGGUUCAGGUGCAGAGAGCGACAUAGACUGGGAACAAAAAGUGCAAAAGAGGGGCGGUCACGUAAUGAUUUAAUAAGUCGAGUUGAAUGAAAUCAAAGAAGUUGGAUGAGAUGGAAGUAUUACUUUAGAAGGCUGCAAGUCAAAAUGAAGACAAGGUUGGAUGAGAUGCAAUGAGCACAAGUAUUCCUUGACAAGACCAAACUUCAAACAUCA